AUGGCGCCGUUGAUGGAUGCCACUGGUACACUGGAAUCCGUUGCCUUGAAGAUGAAGAGGCUGGGUGGCCGAGUGAUCUCCGUUGGGAAGUUGGAUCACUUGGAUCUGAACUUUGAGGAUUUGAUGCCCAGAGAGAUCUUGUUGGUGACCACCGAGCUAGGAGACCUGGUGGAGGCUUCACAGCAUGGUGCUGAUGUGCUGCUGCUCUUUGGGUCAAGGGCCCAACAACAACUCCGCGCUUGGACGGAGGUGGAGGCGCGGCAGCAGGCGCAACGACGGAAGACCAUGUCGGUGUCGGAGCGGGUGGCAGAAGACUCUCCACGAAUGAUGGCGGCUGCCAACAAUCCCUUCCUGUCGGUUUUCCAGUUGCCAAGCCUCCUUGCAGAGGCCACCGCGCGGAACCGGAAGCACCGGGAGCAACGCCAAGCGGCCCGGGCUGCUCCCAUGGCCCCUCGGGCUGCAGAAGCUGCGGGAUCACCUCCCACAGCGGAGCCGCUGGCGGAACCGAAGCCCGUGGCCGAUGGAGAGAUGUUCGAGGUGUUGGAGCGUUGGUGUAAAGCCACGAGGGUACAGCCUCCCGUCGCGCUAAUGCCAUCGGCUCUCUUCUGGGAGGGCCCCGAGGAGCUUCCACUGACUCAGCGAUCCAAGAGUCAAAGCACUCCAACUCCGCCGAAGCGGGCGCCUCAGGUGUCCGAGGAGGUGGCUCCAGAACCUGAAUCGCUGGAGAACUUGCUGGCACAGAUGGAAGAAAUGGAUGUGUGCAGACGUGCUUUUUUGGGACUUGUCUUGUUUGUAGCAAUGGAAGCGAGUGGCAAAGGCAUUGAUUCAAGGAAAUUCUGGCAUUCCUAUGAAGAGAUAUCCACUCAGGCAGUGUCAGAGACAACCGCAGAAUGGAAGGCUCUUGCCCUAUACUUUGAUGGGAAAGUGCCAGAGGAUUGCAAGCUGCAAUCCAUUCAGAGAGUUGAAAACCCCACUUUGUGGGCUUUAUACGACACUCAUCUCCAAGCUGUGAAUGAAGGUUUUCCGGGUCAAGCGGAGAUGUGGCUGUGGCAUGGUGCAGACGAUGUGCGCCAGAUCAUCGAGGGUGGGUUCAAGACAGCGUAUUCCAAUCGAACCUUUAAUGUCUAUGGGGUCGGACAUUAUUUUGCUGUAGACCCAAGGAUGGCCAAUCACUUCGUUCGCGCUCGCCGAGACAUGCCAGGCUCGGUGAAGGACAUCCUCCUGUGUCGUGUUGCAGCUGGAAUUUGCAAGACGAAGGACCCCAUCAAGUUGCAUGUGGACAACUGCCACACGAAAACCAUGGCCUGCAAAUUCUGGGCAUGUCGUGAGCUGCGGGCGAAGCUGUUGAGGAUGCCUGAGAACUAA